AACGGACAUGACGAACUGGAUACCAGAACAAACAGUGGUGACCUAUGACCCCAUGUCACCAUGGCUGAACUCCACAGAGCUUCCUUUCAGCAUCAUAAAUGCAAGCGACCCGCGAAACAUCCAACAGCAAGAAGGAUACCGGCGUUACUAUUAUUGGGGCGCGGAAAACUUGGAAAAAUUUCGUUUGUGGUACUUCAAUGGACAUGGGUAUCUCGCCUCAAUCAUAUGCGUACUAGGAAUAAUAGCAAACGGUGUCAACAUCAUUGUAUUGACUAGGAAAAAUAUGAUGUCGGCAACUAAUAUGAUUUUAACUGCAAUGGCCGUGGCAGAUGGAUUGACCAUGAUGGCCUAUUUACCGUUCGCUAUCUUGUACUAUUGGGCUUCGGACGAUCAAAGCCGGGGCACUGCAGAGUUCUUCCUAUUUUAUAUCUAUUUUAGCGUGCUCGCGCACAGUAUCUCAAUUUGGUUGACAGUAACACUAGCCGUGUUCAGGUAUCUAUUCAUUAGGUAUCCUCGCCGCGGCGUAAUUCUCUGCUCGAUUGAAAGAGCUAAAUUAUCCGUAGUGCUCGUCUUCUUUGCAAAUCUUUUUGUUUGUAUACCUAAUUUUAUCGGACACCAUGUCAAGCAUCAUUUCGACCCAGAAAGAAAUGUAUCAACCUAUCAGGCCUCCACGCGAGAUUCGCCGAGAGUUUACGCAGUGAUCUCGCGGAUUAACUUUUGGGUGAUUUCGUCACUUGUUAAAUUGCUUCCCUGUUUUCUGCUUAUCAUUGCUAGUAUUCUUCUUGUGAGGUGCAUGCAGGAGGCAGAAAAACGUCGGAAAAAUCUCCGCAAAAAAUCGAGACCGAAUUGCAAGGAUUCUGACUCACGUGACCGGAAGACGAACAGGACAACGCGCAUGCUCUUAGCGGUCGUGGUUCUGUUUGUCAUAUGUGAACUUCCGCAGGGAAUCGUGGGAAUAUUCGUAGGAAUUCUUGGAGCGCAAUUCGAAAGGGAUGUAUAUUAUCCGUUAGGAGAAUUGUUCGAUAUCAUUGCUCUUGUCAAUAAUGGUAUAAAUUUUAUUCUAUACUGUACAAUGAGUAAACAAUUUCGAGAAACGUUUGUACUGCUGUUUAUCAAGCCGCUCCAUGUUGGUCACAGUCGUCGGGGACAAUUUAUUCUCGUCCCAAAUCAUAACAGCAACACACAGUGUACUGAUGUAUAGUGUUGGUUGAUAUGGGCUAAAACACCUGGGCCAAGGUUGAUUGAGAUUUGUAUAUCAUAAUUUACCGUACAAUAACUUGAUUUUUUAGAGUUACAUCAAAGAAUAAAUACCACAAAUGGCUGGUUCGAUUCUACCUACAUCUUUAUGUAUGCAUAAAUUAUUGUAAUGUUGAUGUAAUCAUACAUAACUGUAAAUAUCAUUAUUAGACGUAUUCCAGACUUCUUUUCUGGGAUAUACUUUACGUCAUAUAUUAUUUAGUAAAACGUCACAACAGUUUGAUUAAUAUGUCACAUAUAUUUGCGUUCUAAUUCGAUCAGCCUUGGACCCAGGAUAAUACAGCUCAUUCGAUUUGGCUACAAAAACAAGAUAGACGUGCAUAUGCUGGCAAAGUAGCUUUUAACAUAAUGGUUAAAAAAUGUCAUGGCGGCAAUGGAUUAAAGCAAUCUCAUAAUUGUCUUGAUAUGGCGGCAACCAGAAGCUGGGGAAAAGGGCACCAUGACUCACCAGAAUUUUAUAUAAGGUCAUUCUGAAGAUAUCUGAAAUCGAGAUGAAAAAACGUGGGUGUUCAACGUGCCUGCACACAUGUGGUUGCUGUGGGAUAGUACAAAGAUGAUGUGAUCCUUUGGCUGCGGCAAUAAAGUUUCGCUGAGCCAGCUCAUCAAGAUAUAUUCCCCAAUGACUUCUUCAUCAGUUCAAAUCGCAGAAUUUCAUGCCAGGAUUCGUUUAGCUUGGUUUCUGUAGCCUCUAUUGACUUGUGAAAUGUGUCGAAUUAUAUUGUGCCAAAACUGGGCAUUGAAAAGGUCCUCAAUUUUUUAAGAAGGAGACCACUUGGCGAUGCGGUCGACACUAAAGGUGAUAAGAUGCCAAUGAUAAUCCUGUAUCACACAGUACAGUAUGGCAAUAACCUUGCAGUGCCGUCUGUAUAGCAUUAUGCUUUGCAGUACCAUGCACAGCACUAUUCCGUGCAGUAUCCGUACAGUUGCAUACCUGAUGCUACAGUUGUUGGGGCCUUUUCAAUGACCCGUGCCAUAUCUACGAAAUGCCUACUAUUAUUGAUGAAUGAUUUUCUUUGUAAAUCUACGGUGGCCCGUAAGGCAUAUCCUUUUGCUAUCGGCUACAAUGGAGAGAACAGUCUGCAUGAUAUUUUUCCUAUGUGUACUACGCCCUCACCGCGGCGAAAGUAACAACUAAUUUUGAUAAAUAGAUCUGGCAAUAUUAGAUUAAAAUGCCGUACAUAAUAUGCUUUCUUACCGGCCACCGUAGUAUUGUAUAUAAUUGUGUGGUUGGGCUUUUGUUAUGUAAAUGCACGAGGUUCGCGACCAAUUUACCUACACAAUCAACGCGUUAACUACUUCCGCUUCCGAAGGUUUUUGGGGUGCUUAUGGCCACAACCAGGUUUAUGUAAACAUUUUCCCCACGGCUAACUGUCCCAAUGAUGGUAUUAUUGUGGAAUGGGUGGUCCAUGACCUUUAAGACCAAGCCUACCAUCUUUACGAGGGAAAUCUAGCUUUAUCCAGUAAUGCAACGUAUGUAAUUGCAACGGUUUUGAAAGCCCGGUGAUCGGCUGCACUUUGUACACAAUAUCGAUACUCGGAUCAGCGCUCAAAGAGUUUCCUGCAGUUUUCCUUUAGUAUCAUAUUCCUCUGACAGCAUAUCCUACUUUCAUGACAAUGAUGAUGCACCAACCGACACACCACGUCAAAUUGAAGACAUUGACAAUAGCAUUCCCUUUCUCUAGGCUAACUAUGCUCGCGGUAUGGUUUUUUUCACAAGCUAUAAUUCAGCAAAUUACGCCGAAGAUUCGCUAGCGCACGAUUCUGUCUCCUGUUUGAGUUUGAUUCUAAUAUUGAUUGGCGUUCCCGUCUUUCUUUGAGGUUGGUACAAUGUAGCUGCUGAGAAAAUAGCUUUAAAAAGUUAGCUCUCAAGGGUAGGUCAGCCAUUGACUAGACCUGAAGCUGGUACAUUCUCUGGCGGUCAAUACCUAUGUUGAUCAAUCGAUGCGGUCACGACGUCUCACAGAAACGAAAGCAAUACCGAUUAUUAGAGUUAAUGAUCUUGUUCGGCCGAGCUUGCGCUUAUUUCGGCUGAAGUUGACAAUCUUAGAUAAAUCGUUUGUUGGUAUCGAUGCCCUGCAGGCUAUUUUGACCUGCCAUCAAAAUGGAUGGUGAAACAGCUAUGGAACAAACUCGGUUAGUUGAAUCUCAUGUCCGAGUUCACCACUAUUGAUCAGGUCUAUGCGGUCAGUCUUAGGAAAAGCGUGACCAUAAAACAGGCCAUUGCUAUCAAACUUGACUGAGAAACAUGUUCAUAGCUUUAUCUUGGCAGUGCUGAGUUUGUGCAACUAAUGUAUUCGGGAGGUUGAUCCAGUUUCGGUUGUCAUGCCUGUGUGUGACACGAUGCCUUAUCACAUUAAUAAUCCCACACCCAAGUUUUCCCUUUCUGUAUGUUUCUUCAAAUUCUUUCACUAUUUAGGAGUUGAAUAAGACGUCUCGUCGCUUGCUAGUUAUUCUGUUCCAACUACAAUGUAGUUUGAAGGGCUCUCUUGUUCCCCCUUUCCCUAAGUUGCUCAGUAUGUUCAGGAAGCAGAAAUUAACUAUUGGUGUACUCUUCUACUAAACAGUCUAACGCAAAGGGCACACUUCAAGCUAGACUGAGUAUUAGAUAAUUGAUUUUAAAAGUGCAAAGCUCUUUCCCUCACAAUUGCGGAACACAGAAUGUUCGCAGUUAAGUCUGUAGAGCAUUCGAUUAAAAUGCCUAAUCCCGAAUUACCAUGUGCUGUACUUUUAUGGCGAUGACACAAGUUACAUCCGUUAGGUUCAAUACGGUGAUCAUUAUUGUGUUUGAUGAAACUCAAGUCUCCCGCACUUGAUUAACUUGAGCACCAUACGAAUUAGUCAUAAAUCAUACUUUCAUUACGAUAGCACAUGCUUCAUUCGCAAUGAUCUAUUGUAUGGUUCCCGGCCUUUCAGAUUGAAUCCUAAACAUGUUACAGGGACAAACGGCAUUGUUUACAACUGCCUUUCUUUUCCUUGCGACCACCAGUAAUGACGAACGACGCGCCACUUUAACGCUGAAGUUCCGGUUAUUCGAUUAACGUGAGCACCAUUCACUAUGUUUUAUCAUGUACUUUUAGAUCAUGAUGAGGAUGACAAGUUACUUUUAGAUCAUGAUGAGGACAUGACAAGUACAUCGCCUUUAAGGCAUUAUUGUGGCUUGUUAUCAUUAUGACAUACACUAGAUUAACUGGAGUAUAUCAAAUACCAUCCAACACCACCGCAUCUUGUACUUUUGUGAUCGAGGAUGACAAAUAAGUAGCAUCCUCAAGUUUAUUUCCAAUUAUUUGCUUGUCAUGAUCUCUUCGAAACUGACUCAUGACCCUUUUGGUAACACUCAUUGCUUGACCAUUAGGGGGAGUUUUCGAGGAGUACAGCGACACUUUCAGUGUCGUCCAUGUGACAAUUGUCUCCGGGAGAUGGAAGCUUCGUGUCGUUCGUGCUUCCUCUCGGUGUGCUAGCCAUCUGCUCUCUCUCAUUCUCUUUCUCCUCUGGGCGGCGAAUUUCCUCUUGACAAACCUUACGUGCUGCGUGGUGAGUUGUUUUGUCAUUUGGUAGAGGGCGACUUGACUUGACGGUUAUUGCCCGUCUCAGCCAAGAGAUGGUAGAGUACUAAACCAGUUCGGUUUUAGAUAAUAAUCCAUGGCUUUUUUAGGCAUAUUGCACUCUCUACUAAGCAAUACAUUUCCUCUUGGCCAUCUUUUAUAUCUGAAGGUUUAAUUGCACUGCAUUGGAGAUUGCGUUUAAUCUAAUCGAUCUCGGUCAAGAGGGGCUGGAGAUACUAAAACCAUGCAGUUCAGACUUUUAGACGAGUUGAAGGAGUUGAAGCCGUAUGCACUUGGUCCAAUGGGUUGGAACUACUUCUUUGAAACAGUUCCAAUUCCGUAGUACAUUGCUGGACAUGUGGUUAUUAGUAGUUCGAUGGCAUCACUUUUGCGAUGAAUUGCCAUGCUCCAGUCAAGACUUUUGAUGAAUUCGGAUAGACGUGCGCCUAAUGAUCAUGGAAAUGUACCCUACACCUUCGUUUUCCUCUAGAAUUAUAUGGUAAGGAUAUUGGGAGCGACGGGUGGUUUAUAUUAUAAUCAUUAUAUCAAAUGGAUUCAUUUCUAGCAGGGUGCUUUGGAUCUGGACUGGCUUGAGUGAGGGCUGACGUAAUCCAGUUCUGAGUAGGCCUGCUGGGUGUUGUAAUGCGUGUGUGUGUGUUCUGUGAUGACUGAUCUCAAAUCGCGGUGCGAGAUUUCCAAUGUACCUGGCCAAUGUCCAAAAUAUACUGAGCAGAGUUGACAGUAGUACACUAUCUUAGAAAUAAAGGUUUUGGCGCUUUUAAAAGACCGUUAAGGGUUUUCUUCCAGGACAAUUAUACACCCCUUAGAGGGAUUUUAAGAUAUAGAAAAUGAAAAUACCCUUCGCAAUAUUGGCGUAUACCCAAUGAUCUUCGUGGAUUGCACCAGUUACCAACCAAAUCUGUGAAGAAGCUGGAUUAAAACAUCAUUGACGAAUUCUGUUCUUCACUAAAGUUGUUGGUUCGUUAUCUUACAUCUCCCUUUACGACUAUCGAACCUUAAUUUGAAGAACAUUAGCCACUUUCCGAGCAAGCAAUCUCGCUUGAUAAUCCCCGCCUAUCGAAGUUGUGGCGCCUUAAGAUAAUGCCUGACUGGUCUAAACAAUGAUUUAAGGAGCAUGUCGUAGAAUCACGGUAAUUUGCUUCAGACAAGCCCAGAAGACAUUUCAAUUUUGCCACAAUUUGUUUUCGUCUACAAGACGUACACUCACUGAAUUCUAAUUUUGGCCAUAAACGGGGACGAUGUCAUGCCCAUAUCAAGCUUUUUCCAAAAGCUCGGAAACCUUUAUUAUUAAGAGUAUGACUAAUACAAUAUUUUUCAAAUACGAAGACAAAAUAUUUCGGAAACAAAGACACGGUAUUUGCCGAAUAGUAUCGAGUCCUCGAAACAAAUUACCCGGCGGCCUAUCUGAUGAAAACGGUGUAUCUUCUGAUGUUUUCCUACUUUUGGCCGCCAUCUCUGCAAUAACAAUCCCGCCGCAAAUGAAGCUGGGAAAAUAAUUGAACGAAAUUCGUCUGGUGUUGUCGGGCGAUUCCUCUUGUCGUUCGAGUUACAACAGGGAAAUCUCAUCAUUGUGUGUGUAUGGUGGAGUAUCCUGAGGGUGUGUAUGUCAAAUAUGAUGUCAGUGUAUCCGUUUGGCUUCGAGUGUGUGUUUUCUAUUUGCCAUGUUUACAGUGUGAGUCGAAAAAAUCUGCCAACUUUUAUCAAGCCAACGCGCGUACUGUCUUUAUAAACAACUACUUUCAUAUUUUCCUUUUCAUUCAUUGAAAGGGCUCUUUCAUGCGACAGAUCCAUUCAGUUUUACGUCUAUUUUUAUCAUAGGCAAUAUGCUGAGAAUGUGUAUCUUUGCUGUUCGCUUGUGAGCCUAUCGACUUGUUCCGUUGUUUCCAUUGUGUCCAUAGCAUGUUUUCUGAUGCAACCGAUACAAACAUCAACAUCGUCCCGAUCACAAGCGAACACAGAAAAUAGAAAAACUGCACUGGGGAAUUGUCUUUAGAUAGGAAGCCUUAAUGAGCACUGUAUUUAUAAUUCUCCAAACGCCCAUUCGUAAGUAACUUGGGCAGAUUUGCUUAUACACAGCCACUUUAAAAUAAUUAUCUGACAUUAAACUAACCAGAGGCAAGUUCUGAAGAGCAGGCGGAUUGAAUGAUAUUAAAAAUGGAUCCAAAAAGAACCGUAUCGAGCACAAUUUGCUUUCCUAAACAAUAUCCAAUAAGGAUCGACUUCGCGACGUGUUGACCUGAAAAAGAGAUGGUUAUUGGGAACUUGUCGAAGAAAAGAUAGAAAAUUGAUGUCAUUAGCUAUCAUUCUGCCACAAAAAGAAGAAGAACGACUCCUUGGUGGACAUGAUUAAUGCAUUAGCCAUGUUCACCGGUUUGGGUCGCCUAAUCAACGCGUGUUGGCUGUUCGAGUGGUGAGGAUACGAGUGGGUGGCCAGAGUAGCGAGAGGUAUGGCGGGCGGAUGCGGGCGGCUGUGUCGUGACUGCAAGGCGUGCGAAAAAGAAUGUUGGCGAGAUGGCAAUGUCCAUUUGGGGCUUCUUGAACAAAAAUUACCCUUUUUGUUCGGAUGUGAUUGGGAUUGUUUAAGAGCCUAUCAUCCCCGUGACCAAAAAAGAUAAAUACCUCAUUACCAUGCCUUGUACAAAGGCUGACCCUUCUUUCGGAAAUUGCUCAAGUUACGCCGAAUAUUCUUUCUCUUUUCUUCUGGCACAAUGUCGAUCGAUAGGAGACACAAUUAUUGCAUACCCGAAACAGAGCCAUAUGCAACAUUAGGUCUUCUCCUUCGUGACCCGUAUUUUGGCGGCUUUUCAGGAGUAAAACAUUGAACAGCGGGAACGUUUCUCCCACAGAGGCCUGAUUCCACAGGAGCACUUUACGCUGCUGUCACCACUGCGGCAGAUUGGGCCUGGCCCUGGCGGUAAGCUAGAAAUUACCCGAUUGAUACAAAUGACCGAUUGUCAUUCGAUGAAAUUUCCACCUCCAAACAAACAACUGCACACCCAAUCAAAAGCUCUGGUUCUGCGAUGACGCCUGCCCCAUGUGAUUCAAGCAAAAUUGCGGUCAGUAGCAACUGAUCCUAAGGGAACGUUUUCGCAAAGCCCCCAAAACGUCAACGUGAACGCCUAUCUUAUUGUUUGACAUCGUUAUCAUGAGGUCGAACAAUGAGAUAGGCGUUCACGUUGACGUUUCGGAGUCCUUGCGAAAAAAACCUACUACAUGUAACUGCGUGGGACGUACGUGUAUGAUCGUGAAUGUCAGCUUGAGUGUUGGUAAUGAGAACCAAGCGUUGAAUGAUUGUUUCCUUGAUAUCCAGAUGGCUACCUAGAUAUCCGCUUCCUGCAAAGGGUGCGUACCCAUCCACUCCCGGUUUAAUUUUCCUAGAGCCGGAAUUAAUGUCAGGUCAUCUUCUUAAUACUUUGUACCAUCAGCUUCCCAACUAAUGGUGAAUACGUUAUGAAACGGGGGAGGGGGAUCAGUGUAUGAAAAAGAUGUACCGCAGGUGGAAAUGUGUCCUGUUGUGUGAGAAACGUGAGGUGCGGUUGUGAAAGUUCUGCUGCGAAUCUGGCUGUACGAGAUCCACGACCACAAAGUGUAUCUCCUAUCUAAAGUUUGUGUCAAAAUCUUGAAGUGUGCACGGUCGAAAUAAUGUUGCAGUAGAGAAUGUUGCUGGUGUGAUUGCAUGUGACGUAUGUAUAAUUGUGUCUGGUUUGAUGCAGCAAAAAAACGUCCACUCACAGCCAAUUGUCCCCUUUUGUGUUCCCAGUCCUGCUCAAAGAUUCCUUCCCUGUUUGUCUGCUUCUUAUCACUGUCUACUGAAAUACCAUUGAUUCUACAGUGGAACCUCCCUUAGCAGACACCUCUCAAUUAAGGACAACCUCUCUACUAAGGACACUAGUUUUGGUCCCAAAUUGGUUGUUUCCAUUCAAUUUGACCUCUCUAAUCAGGACACCUCUCUAUUAAGGACAGCACUUGUCAGUCCCAAGGGUGUCCUUAACAGAGAGGUUCUACUGUAUUUCCAUUGCUCAUGAUGCCAUCUUCGAACAUGGCAGCAAACCGCGUGUAUUUUGCGAUGUCUGUCACGUUUGAUUUGAACUGCUUUUCUGUAUUUUCUUUCUCUAUUAUUCACACUUGUGAUAAGGGCUUCUUUCCUGUUCUUUGUUAUUUUUUAUAGUCUAAUUCACUACCAACAUUUUAACAGAGGAAACUGACUUAUGUCUGAUGAUUCGUUCACGUGAUGCGGGGAUUAGUACCAUGCACUGCACAUGGUGCUUUGCCGAUCACCACAAAAGUCUUUGGGAGCACAUGGUAUAUGUUUUGUCGAGGUUAUGUGAUGUCAUAUUUUUCUCUCCAAACUCCCUUUGGCAUACGUUUAUCAAAUAAAGCCCUUUGUCCAGGGCGGUGUGGACUUGCUCUGAAUGGAUGUAAAAAAUGCCGUGGUGCGGAUACUUGGCCGCGAUAAAUGAUGCGUUGUAACUGGGUCCGGUUAGUAGACCCGGCCUACCAGUGCAUCGUGUAGAGUGCCAUUGUAGAACGACAAGUCCGUAUGUUGAACUCGAGAGGGCGUUAUAUGAAAAAAAAAUCGAAUUACAGACUUAUCUUCAUAAAGUGGAAAAUUUGACAUGUCUAACACAGCUCUUUAGCGGCAUCUAACUUGAAGCUAAAGACCUAUGCACUCGCAGGUCUACUAAUCAACCGCGACCGUUAUAAGUGGUCUGAAAGUAAAGGUACUAUCAAUCGCUGUACAUAUUUAUAAGCUUACACCUUUACAUGUAGUUUUACGGGAAACUUAUAAACUCGCUGCAUUUAUAGAUGAAUAAUCCCUAGCGAUAGUGAUACAUGUACAUCGUUUCAUUUAGUAUUUUUCAAAGUAAUUUUAUGUAUAUAUUGUCCACAACGGUAUGAAUUUGCACAUUGGUAAAAUAUAAGCCUGAUACUGUACAUGAACAUGGGACACAAGACCCUUGCCUUUUAGCUGGGACGUCUCGCAUUAUAGGUAUAGCACAUGUAGUCCAGUACGAAUGAUUGUGUAUAUAGAAUUAGUGGUUAAAAUGCAUACUAACUUGAUAGCUGAGUGUCAAUAUGAAGGACGAGCUCUGAGAGCUUUAGAGUGAUUUCUAACAUAUGGAUGAUCGAGUAAUGUGGUUGUAACAUUACACUGUAGUAUGAACCGAGAUUCGUGAAGCGGAAUUGUAGAUAGCAGCCCGUUUUGCAUAGUAAUUAAGUGUUGAGAGUUGGGAACAGCCUUUCCCAAAGAAGCAUUCUCCUCAGGUCCUCCCUUCAAGAGGUACCAGGGCCUCCUCAGCCACUUGUUUACAGGUGGUCAAGACGAGACUACCUGGCCACUCAUCAUACGAAUUUAAACCUACUAAACGUGCAUUUUGAUACGUCACAUGAUACGUAUCAGUUUUGUGUAAGUAGUGGAUCAGAACCUUCCCAUGCCUCUCAGUAACGUUUAGGGCCUCCUCAGCCACUUGUUUACAGGUGGUCAAGACGAGACUACCUGGCCACUCAUCAUACGAAUUUAAACCUACUAAACGUGCAUUUUGAUACGUCACAUGAUACGUAUCAGUUUUGUGUAAGUAGUGGAUCAGAACCUUCCCAUGCCUCUCAGUAACGUUUAGUGGGUUUUGCCCCGUUGUAUACGCGGGUGUUAUCAUAAGUGUGACUAAAACUUUUCAACUAGAUCAAGGGGUGAGAUAAAAGCUUGUUGGGGCAACAGUGUUUACCGGAUGUGACUUGAGAGUAGAACUCAGAAUGUCUUUGGCGUGGGCAGGGCGACGUGGCGACGCUUGUAUUGUAGUUAAGUCUGCCAUCUAGCGGCGGGAAACUGACAAAUGUUAUUGUACAAAGAACGAACCGUUUGGGAUGGCCAUUGUAUUCUAAUAUGUAUAUUGUAAAUAUGGCAUGAUGAAUAAAAAAUGAAUUACCUUUA